ACUCCGCUGUGCAGAAGCCCUGGUCAGAAUUCCUACAAGAGUCCAGUCUGAUCAUGGCCAAGUUGAAUUACGUGGAAGGAGAUUAUAAAGAAGCGCUCAACAUUUAUGCCCGGGUGGGCCUCGACGACCUGCCGCUGACAGCCGCGGCCCCGUACAGGCUGCGGAUGAUCGCCGAAGCCUUCGCCACCAAAGGACUUUGUUUAGAGAAGUUGCCUAUUUCUUCUUCUACCAGUAAUCUCCAUGUGGACCGGGAACAGGAUGUCAUCACUUGUUACGAGAAAGCAGGGGACAUUGCUCUCCUAUACCUCCAAGAGAUAGAACGGGUAAUACUUACUAAUAUUCAAAACAGAAGUCCUAAGCCUGGCCCUGCUCCCCACGAUCAAGAACUAGGUUUUUUCCUAGAAACAGGACUUCAGAGAGCCCAUGUCCUCUAUUUCAAAAAUGGGAACUUAACAAGAGGAGUCGGGAGAUUCAGAGAGAUCCUCAGAGCCGUAGAAACGAGAACCACUCAAAACCUGCGGAUGACCAUAGCCAGGCAGCUGGCUGAGAUCCUGCUGCGGGGGAUGUGUGAGCAGAGCUACUGGAACCCGCUGGAGCAGCCGCCCUGCCAGUCGCCCCUGGACGACCCUCUCCGGAAAGGCACCGACACCAGAACCUACACCCUCACUCGGAGAGCCCGCGUCUACUCGGGAGAGAACAUAUUUUGUCCACAAGAAAAUACUGAAGAAGCCCUGUUGUUAUUGCUGAUUAGUGAAUCGAUGGCCAACCGGGAUGCUGUGCUGAGCAGGAUACCGGAGCACAAGAGCGACCGCCUCAUCAGCUUGCAGAGCGCAUCGGUCGUCUACGACUUGCUGACCAUCGCUCUGGGGAGAAGAGGCCAGUACGAGAUGCUGUCGGAGUGCUUAGAAAGAGCCAUGAAGUUUGCCUUCGAGGAGUUCCACCUCUGGUACCAGUUCGCCCUGUCACUCAUGGCAGCCGGGAAAUCGGCCCGUGCUGUGAAGGUGCUGAAAGAGUGCAUCCGCCUGAGGCCCGAUGACGCCACCAUCCCACUCCUGGCCGCCAAGCUGUGCAUGGGCUCCCUGCACUGGUUGGAAGAAGCUGAGAAGUUCGCCAAAACUGUGGUUGACGCAGGAGAGAAAACGUCUGAGUUCAAGGCCAAAGGCUACUUAGCUCUGGGGCUCACAUACAGUCUGCAGGCCACGGACGCUUCUUUGCGAGGGAUGCAGGAGGUCCUACAGAGAAAGGCGCUUCUUGCAUUUCAGAGGGCUCACAGCCUCUCACCAACAGAUCACCAAGCCGCGUUCUACCUGGCUCUUCAGCUGGCCAUCUCCAGACAGAUACCAGAGGCUCUGGGGUAUGUCCGCCAAGCUCUUCAGCUUCAAGGCGACGACGCCAACUCCCUGCACCUGCUCGCCCUCUUGCUGUCUGCACAGAAGCAUUACCACGAUGCUCUCAACAUCAUCGACAUGGCCCUGAGCGAAUACCCAGAAAAUUUUAUACUACUGUUUUCCAAAGUGAAGUUGGAGUCGCUCUGCAGGGGCCCGGAUGAGGCUCUCCUGACCUGUAAGCACAUGUUACAAAUAUGGAAAUCCUGCUACAACCUAACAAAUCCCAGUGAUUCUGGACGUGGGAGCAGCCUCCUAGACAGAACUAUUGCUGACAGACGACAGCUUAAUACAAUUACUCUGCCAGACUUCAGCGAUCCUGAGACAGGCUCUGUCCACGCCACAUCAGUCGCAGCCUCACGAGUGGAGCAGGCGCUGUCGGAAGUGGCCUCGUCCCUGCAGAGCAGCGCCCCCAAGCAGGGCCCGCUGCACCCCUGGAUGACGCUGGCGCAGAUCUGGCUCCACGCAGCCGAGGUCUACGUUGGCAUUGGGAAGCCGGCCGAGGCCUCUGCCUGUACCCAAGAAGCUGCCAGCCUCUUCCCCAUGUCCCACAAUGUCCUGUACAUGCGUGGCCAGGUUGCCGAGCUGCAGGGAAACCUCGAUGAAGCCCGGCGGUGGUAUGAAGAAGCCUUAUCCAUCAGCCCCACCCAUGUGAAGAGCAUGCAGCGGCUGGCCCUGAUCCUCCAUCAGCUGGGUCGCUACAGCCUGGCGGAGAAGAUCCUCCGGGACGCGGUGCAGGUGAGCUCGACGGCCCACGAGGUCUGGAACGGGCUGGGCGAGGUCCUGCAAGCCCAGGGCAACGACGCGGCAGCCACCGAGUGCUUCCUCACGGCCCUGGAGCUGGAAGCCAGCAGCCCCGCCGUGCCCUUCACCAUCAUUCCCCGCGUGCUCUGAGCCGGCGGCGCCCCAGGGGCCGGGCCGCCGCCCCGAGGCCACGGGCGCCGGGUGACCGCCGCCAACCGACCGACCGACCAACCAACCAACCAAACACCCCCGUCCUCGCUCUCCUGACGUCAUUUCCGCCAACCCAAUGAGUUUCUGAAUCUACCGACGUUGUUCAAAAUGGAUUAUGUGCCAUAUUUUGUUAGUUGACAUCUGAGUUUUAAGUACAAUGAUUAUGGAAUUAAUCAGCAAAUGUAGAAGAUUAUAUUCAAAGUUAAAAUUCAGUGACAGAACAGAUUAUUUUUAUCAGAGCUGUAAAGAAAACUGUUCUCUCCUCCCCAUCACCACCCCUGCCCCAGCCGUGGCCCAGAAACCAAAUGUGAACCUUCGUUUCCCACCUCAGUACUAGUCCAAGCCAGGACACCAGCUGACAGAUUCUUGGUUUUGUUGUCGAUAAUUGUAUCAUGUGAUGAAUUACUGUCCUCACUUAGAACAAAGCCUGAGUCCAAGAAUAUUUAUAUUUUGCCAAUAUAUGCCUGUUACAAGAGAAGGAAAUAUGAGUUAUUUAAGUUUAACUUUUUUAUGUGAAUUCAGAGUUUAUUUAUCGAUGGAAAUAUGUACAAAGAAGCUUCAAAUGGAAUAUUUACCGACAUUCCUUAUACAUGACAGACACUUGGCUAAAUGGGAAGAUGAUGUUAAUAAUAAAAUGAUUUUUA